CAGUCCAGGCAUCAUCCACUGCUCCCUGCAAAAACCUCACACCUGCCCGAGCAUCUCCUCUUCUCACAGCUCGCGCUCCCCCUAGCGUCCAUGUGUGGGUACUGCCACUCAACCACGUGUACUGCAGCAGAGCCCUCCCCCUGCUGUCUCCGUCUCCCAAUACCUGAGCUGACAAUCGCCGUCCCCGGUCCUCGCCGAGCAGCGAUUGGUUCUCCCCGUGCCCGGCGGGCGGGUCGUGGAGAUCCAGUUCUGUUUGUCUGCUCUGGUAAUUGCUUUUCCAAAGGUGGAAGACCUGCAAAUACCGGGCAUUUCACUGCAUCGUCUCCACUGCACCGGGCAAGGGGGUAUGGGCUGCACUGCACACCCCCGGCACUACUGUAACUUGCACUGCAUUGUAUAUUAGGUGACUACUGCUCCUAUUGCAUUCCUGGAUUACGUACUGUACUUCACUUGUAGUGGACUCUACAUGUCUAUUGCACUGCACUACAAGUCACACACCAACUAGUGAUCUACUACUGUCUGGGGCUUGGCAGCAGGACCUGGGCACCUUGGCAUCCGCAGACUCUAUAUUUUGCAGGGACAGAUCCAUAGACAAGUUGGCAGGAUCCUUAGGAUGCUGUUUCUCAGCUUCUUGUACCUUUUGAUUGCGCCAGCUGGAUCAUCUGACCCAGAAGUUGAAGUUGUAAUUCCACAGUUAAUAUGGUCUGGGCAGACCCCUCUACCACUGAGAGGAGAGGAGUCAAUCUUCACUCACAUCCGAAAGCCACGCUCUCUUCCCAGAGAUACAGCAACCCAUCCAGAUAACAUGUAUAUACAUCUGCCUGCAUUUGGCAGGGACCUUCAUUUGCACCUGCAGAAGGUCCAUGAUUUCCUGGCUGCAGGCUUUGUGCUGGAGGAAAGGACAGAACUCGGAGACAGAAUCCAAACCAAAAUUCCAAAGGAAGAGCUUUGUUUCUAUGUUGGAGAAGUCCUCAACUACAACAUGUCUAUUGCAUCAGUCAGCACAUGUUCAGGACUGACUGGAUUCAUUCACAUAGGAGAGGAGCAGCUGAUGAUACAACCGAGCAACACAACGCUGGAGCCCGGCACUCACUUCUCUGGAAGAGAACAUAUUAUAAGACACAAACGUCAAGCAGAAUUGUCCUCUUCUUCUUCACAGUCCGAGACUUCACAGAGGAACUGUCAAGUUAUAUCAGGAAAAAAAAAGAAACAAUAUAAGAAUGGUGAAGGUGGAGACUGGCGAGAACGAAGGAACGCCAUUAGACUCGGUGAUGGGCACACUGUAGAGACCCUGGUGGUGGCUGAUUCUGACAUGGUGCAAUAUCAUGGACCUGAGGCUGCACAGAGAUUUAUUCUUACAGUCAUGAACAUGGUCUACAAUAUGUUUCAGCAUCAAAGCCUUGGAAUUAAAGUUAACAUCCGGGUCUCCAAACUGGUUUUGCUCCACAGCCGCCCGGCCAAGCUGUCUAUAGGGCAUCAUGGAGAAAGGUCUUUGGAGAGUUUUUGCCAUUGGCAAAAUGAGGAAUAUGGAGGCUCUAAGUAUUUGGGAAACAAUUAUGUACCUGGAGCCAAGGAUGAAGUUCCUGUUGAUGUAGCUGUGUUCAUGACCAGAACUGAUUUUUGUGUCCAUAAGGAUGAACCCUGUGAUACUGUAGGAAUUGCCUACCUCGGGGGAGCGUGCAGCCCUAAACGCAAGUGUGUCCUGGCAGAGGAUAAUGGUCUCAACCUGGCCUUCACUAUUGCUCAUGAGCUUGGGCACAACAUGGGAAUGAGUCAUGAUGAUGACCACCCAUCAUGUUCUGGGCGUUCCCACAUAAUGUCCGGAGAGUGGGUUAAAGGUCGGAGCCCAAGUGAUCUCUCAUGGUCAACCUGCAGUCGUGAGGAGCUGGAGAACUUCCUAAAAUCCAAAGUGAGCUCAUGUCUGCUAGUGACAGACCCUCGCAGUCAUCAUGCCGUCAGGCUUCCCCACAAGCUGCCUGGGAUGCAUUAUAGUGCCAGUGAGCAGUGCCAGAUCCUGUUUGGCAGCAACGCCACCUUCUGCAAAAACAUGGAGCAUCUGAUGUGUGCUGGUCUAUGGUGUCUGGUGGAAGGAGAUGCAUCCUGCAAAACCAAACUGGACCCACCGCUGGAUGGGACUGAAUGUGGAGUAGAUAAGUGGUGCAGAGCUGGGGAGUGUGUGAGCAAGACCCCGAUUCCUCAGCAUGUAGAUGGAGACUGGAGUGCAUGGAGCCCCUGGAGUAUGUGCAGCCGCACGUGUGGAACUGGAGCUAGAUUCAGGCAGAGAAAAUGUGACAACCCACCACCUGGACUUGGUGGUCAGAGCUGUAAAGGGACAAGCGUGGAGCACAUGGUUUGUGAGAACUCACUAUGUCCCAAAGGAGGCAGCAGUUUUAGAGACCAUCAGUGUCAAUCUCAUGACCGCAAUGUCAACAAGAAGAAAAGCUUCCUUACAGCUGUAAUUGUCGAUGAUAAACCAUGUGAACUGUACUGUACUCCUGUUGGCCGAGAUACCCCACUGCUGGUGUCAGACAGAGUUCUGGAUGGAACACCGUGUGGUCCCUAUGAGACGGAUCUCUGCGUUCAUGGCAGGUGCCAGAAAAUCGGCUGUGACGGGAUUAUUGGUUCUGCAGCCAAAGAAGAUCGUUGUGGGGUAUGCAAUGGUGAUGGCAAAACCUGCAAAGUUGUCAAAGGGGACUUUAACCACACCAAGGGGAGGGUCAACAGUAGUCAUUGUAAGAAGGUUUCCACGUGUGUCAUGACAAAGCAAAAGACAAUUGCCAAGUGUUUCACAUGUUAUAUUGAAGCCGCUAUCAUUCCUGCAGGAGCAAGGAGGAUUCGUGUAGUAGAAGAUAAGCCGGCACAUAGUUUUCUGGCCCUGAAAGAUUCUAUUAAGAAGUCCAUUAACAGUGAUUGGAAAAUCGAGUUACCUGGUGAGUUUCAAAUCGCAGGGACCACCAUCCGCUAUGUGCGUCGGGGACUGUGGGAGAAGAUGUCUGCCAAGGGACCGACAAAAACUCCUUUACAUCUGAUGGUUUUGCUCUUCCAUGAUCAGAACUAUGGCAUUCAUUAUGAAUAUACCAUCCCAGUGAACCAGUCCACAGAGCAGAAGACCGAGGUGGAGAGACAACCAGACCCAAUCUACAUGUGGACGCACAGCAGUUGGGAGGGGUGCAGUGUACAGUGCGGAGGAGGAGAACGGAAAACUAUUGUGUCCUGCACCAAACUGGUGAACAAAACCAUGUUGAUUGUAAAUGACAGCAUGUGCCUUCAUGUGCCACGUCCUGCCCCACAGGUCCGGAAGUGCAACACACAUGCAUGCCAGUCAAGAUGGGUAACAGGGUCAUGGGGUCAGUGCUCAGCCACCUGCGAAAAAGGUUUUCAGCAGAGAGAAGUGUCCUGCGUGUUCCAGCUGCAGAACGGAACCUAUGUUAACACCCGGGAUGUCUACUGCACAGGACCCAAACCAGCAACAGGACAGACGUGUGAGGGUCAGGACUGUCUGUCCAUCUGGGAGGCUUCAGAGUGGUCAAAGUGCUCCUCCGACUGUGGCCAGGGCACCAAGAAGAGGCAAAUAUCCUGCACCAAUACCCGGGGUAAAUGUGAUUCUGCUACAAGGCCAAGAGAGGAGGAGGAAUGUGAAGACUACACAGGCUGUUAUGAGUGGAAGACUGGAGACUGGUCCAAGUGCUCUGCCACAUGUGGGAAAGGUCUGCAGUCUCGGGUGGUACAGUGUAUGCACAAGGUGACCGGCCGUCACGGAAAUGAAUGUUCCUUCUUAUCCAAGCCAGUGGCCUACAGGCAAUGCCACCAAGAAGCCUGUAAUGAAAAAGCGAAUGCCAAUACCAUCACUUCUCCUAGACUCGCUGCCCUGACUUACAAGUGCACUGGUGACCAAUGGACAGUGUACUGCAGGGUUAUUCGAGAAAAAAAUCUAUGUCAGGACAUGCGGUGGUACCAACGCUGCUGCCAGACAUGUAGGGACUUCUAUGCUACCAAGAUGCAGCCACAAAGCUAGUGGCCCAAGGUGCUGACCAGAGCACUGCAACACAGAACAGCAGUGCUACAAAGACUUGAACAUUAUGGUGCUGGGUGAUGAUGCCAGGGGUGCCCAUGUCGUCAGAUGUGAAAUCGCAGAACAAGUGUCACAUACUCCUCGGUGUACUGCCAAGCUUGUUCACCUGCUUCAUUGGUUGUCUCCCGGAUGUUUAUCACGCUAAAUGACUUAUUUUGGAUUACGCAAACAUAUUCUCAGGCAAAUCAAACAGACUGGAGAAACUGUGAUAGAUUUCAUUGGUUUGCUCAAAAAUGGAAAAAAGCAAUGCAAAAUGACAUUCUUUCAGGGGUGCCAGUUCCACACGGAGUUAAUCUGCUGUGCCAAGAAAUCAGCAGCUGUAAAGUGGUGCCUGACUUGAAGCAUUGCCUACUAUGAUGUCUAGUGAGUAGUGAAUAUUUGCACACAUGGUGCAAACUGAUGACCGCCUAUCUCAACAGCAAGCCAAUCUUCACCAGUGUUUAUUUUACUGUCUGGGUUCAUUCACACCAUGAAUAUUAGAGGUAGCAGUAAAUCCACCAGGUUUUUCUUUUUCUGUUAUGUUAAAUCAUGUUACAGCUACUGUAAAAUGUGAAUAUAGGGACAUUACUUGCCAUACAGUUCAUUCUGUAACGUGCCAGAAAAGAUGGACAUGUCGCCUAGAAUACACCACUCUUGUAUUGUUCUUUUCUUCAUCACUUUGACUAUGAAACCUAUAUGCUGGCAUACUUUACAGUCUUGCAGCUUGUGACUUAUGUUAUGUUUAUAUGGAAUCUUAUGUUUUGUGUUCGUGCUGUAACAGGGGGUAAGUAUCUGGAUAUGUGCCCUCAGAUACUGCUUACAUUCGUUCUGUCAAAGUUAACAGAGGGUGUAACUUUUAUGUUUGUUUUUCUUCUACUGGUAAAACUUGCAGCAGCCAGAUGUGAUUUUACAUAGCUGGUUAUUCAUGAAGACCACCAUUCACCAUUCACAUACAGCUGGGCUGCACUGCAAUACUUGUGUUAUGAACCCAGCAUUACUUAGAUUUAUGGAAACCACCAUAUAAUUCCAUCUUACUCAUGGACAUGAAUAUGUGUCUGUAACCCAAAGUGUUUGCUUUUAUUUUACCAAAUGCACAAGAGUGUGACUAGCAAUGGGCACGGCAGAACUGUGUUCACACCACUAUUUUAUCAUGCCCCCUUCAGUUACCGAUUGGGAUAUUUCUCUAUCCUUGUGUUAUUGUUUAUAUACUUUUUUACUUUUGUGGCUUUUUUUGUUUUUGACAGGUGGAAAGUCUUCCACAGCUCCUGUCAUGUAAACCCUUUGUAGCGUUUAAAAGUCCUUGGAAAAAAAAGUGUAGCUAUUGAUAUUUUGGCGUGUUAGAUUUUAUGUAUAUCUCCCUGUAUAUUUUUUUUGUUACCCUGUUUUAUAUUCCGUCCCUAUAUUCCGCGGUUAUAUUUUAGCAGGAUACAAACAUAGUAGGACCUGUUAUGAACUCACAGUGGACUUCAGUUACAAGAUGCAUCUAUGGUGCAGCCUAUGGCCCAUCUAUUCAACUUCUUUGUCACCAGUAGAAUGUCCCAGGAUUCUAUAUUAUUUUACAUUUAGACUGUAACUAAGUUGGACAAUACUGAACACUUCUGUGACUAACAAGACCAACAACAAUAAGGUCAUAGUACAACAUCAUUUACUCAGUAGAAUAUGAUGUUAGUACUGUGAUAUUUUACUCUGGGAUUAGCUCUAGGGAUCGUCCUUGACACAGACACAGGACAUAUUCCCCCACUUUAACAAGCAGGUCCACACCACUUCUUCAUGCAAUCUGACCCUCGGUCAGGUUUAAUGGGAAAGGUUGCAGGACAAAAUGAAACACAAUUCACAAUGGAACAAACAAAAUCCUAGGCCAUCUAACCCCUGACUACACAUUUGUCACUUCCCUCUCCAUCCACUGGUAAGCUAGUCUUCACCAGCUCAAAACACAGGUUUCCUGCAACCUUUAUUGUGGCCUCUUGCUGUGUGUACUAAGACCCCUUGUCUGUCCACUUCACUGGUGUGGUGGGUCACUCACAGCGCCUGGCUGUGUGCUCCUUGCAAGGACCCCUGCCUCUCCCUCACAGCCACCCUGCUGUCUUCUGGGGAGAGUCCAGACUAUUCUUUCUGGUCCCUUAAAUAUCUGCCCUCUAAGGGACCUAGCAUAAGAGACUGGGAAAAACACCUUUUCACUACCUGCAACCCUGCCUGAGUGUCACAGUACAUAAAACAGCUUCAUCCUGAUUCAGUGACAUUAGCCUGCCCAUUGUGCUGGGUAUUAUCUUCACCCAGGUAGUUAACUUACAGUGAAGAAAAAAUGAUUUUUAUUAUUUGAUCCUCUGUUGAUUUUGUAUGUUUGCCCACUGACAGAGAAAUGAUCCCUCUAUAAUUUUAAUGGUCAGUUUAUUUGAAAGUAAGAGACCGAAUAACAACAAAAAAAUACAGAAAAGGAAUUUCAAAUACGUUCUGAAUUGGUUUUUAUUUCACUCAGUCAAAUAAAUAUUUGCAGGCACUGCAGGAUUCUUUCCUUCAUUGCGUAUUUUGUUAAAGGGGUUUGUUAAAUCAACUGGUGCCAGAAA